AUGACGUCGCCCGGUAUGAUCAUCGUGGAGAGGGCUGCCAGGUCGAGAGCACCUGACCUAGACAAGAAGAAGUACUUAGUGCCUUCUGACCUCACAGUGGGUCAGCUUUGUUUCCUGAUCCGACAGCGUGUGUCUAUGAGACCUGAAGAGGCACUCUUCUUUUUUGUCAAUAACUCCCUCCCACCAUCCAGUUCUCCUCUGUCUGCUGUCUAUGAGGAACACCAUGAAGAGGACCUGAAAGAGCUCUGUCUAUCACCACUUAUUCUAUAUGAUUAGUAUUGAGGACAUGGUUGUUGGGAGAAAAGAGGGUUAAGGGGAUAUUGUUCUCUAAGAAUAUUGGAGGCGAUUGUAUUUUUCUUCAGUUUACCUUCAACCAUGAGAGGUAUUGUAAGGCAUUCUGAGUUUAUAAAAGAAGCCUGACAUUAGAAAAAGGUUGAAUAAAAAAAGCGUUUUGAGUUUAGAUGUAAAUGAAAAUUGUUGAAUUAAGAAAGGGAAAGCC